AUGGAGCGGGCGCGCGCGGGGCGCACGGCGGAGUUGGCGCGCGCCGUGCUGGAGCGGGCGCGGCGGCGGCGGGAGCGGGAGCGCGCGGUCUCGGCCCCGGAGGAAGACUCGGAGCGGCUCACCGCCGCGUUCGCCUCCGUCAUGAGUUUCUUGGCCCAAACCACGCGGGAAUGCGAGAGGUACUACAGCCUUGUGCCAGCCUGUAGGUGCAGAGAGCACGAAGUGAAACACAUCUGCAGGUACCACAGCCGGCACGCGGGAGAAGAAGAGCUUGAGUCCUCCCAAGACCAGACAAGUGCAGCCUCUGCAGUGUCCAGUCAAGCUAGAACUUACCAGCAACAUACCAAGAAAGCUUCCAAAGACAUCUACAUCGAAGUCUCUCCUGGCACUUAUUCUAUCACAGCAACCUCAGAGGACAUGGUGAAACAAACCCACCUGGUGGACGUCAGCGCCGGACAAAGCAUUGAUUUAACUUUUGUGCUAUGACAUUUAUCGUUUGCUGGCAAUCAUGGGAAUAAAAUACUAGGAUUUUUUAAAGCAUAUAA